AUGGGUUUUGAUGAUUCAUGCAACACAGGUCUUGUUCUUGGUUUAGGCCUCUCACCAACGCCUAGUAAUUAUAAUCAUGCAACCAAGAAAUCUUCCGCAACCGUCGACCACCGUAUUGAUCCGUCGCUGACACUAAGCCUCUCCGGUGAGAGUUACAAGACCAAGACUGUUGCCGGCGCCGGAGACCAGAUUUUCCGGCAGGCUUCGUCUCACAGCGGAAUCUCAUCAUUCUCGAGCGGAAGGGUAAAGAGAGAGAGGGAAAUCUGCGGCGAUGGCGAAGAUGAGGCAGAGGAGACGACUGAGAGAGUAGUGUGUUCAAGAGUGAGUGACGAUCAUGAAGAUGAAGAAGGUGUGAGUGCUCGUAAAAAGCUCAGACUCACUAAACAACAAUCUGCUCUUCUUGAAGAAAGCUUCAAACUUCAUAGCACCCUUAAUCCCAAGCAGAAACAAGCUCUUGCGAGGCAGCUAAGUCUAAGGCCUAGACAAGUUGAAGUGUGGUUCCAAAACAGGAGAGCUAGGACAAAACUAAAGCAGACAGAAGUGGAUUGUGAGUUUUUGAAGAAAUGUUGUGAGACGUUAACGGAUGAGAAUAGAAGGCUUCAAAAAGAGCUUCAAGAUCUCAAGGCUUUAAAAUUGGCUCCACCUUUUUACAUGCACAUGCCGGCGGCGACUUUAACGAUGUGCCCUUCUUGUGAGAGACUCGGCAGCGGAGGCGGUGGUGGAAGUGGCGGAGGAGGCGGUGGAGGUACCGUUGGGAUUGAUGGAGGUACGGCGAAGGGAGCUUUCUCCAUCGUCGCAAAGCCUCGCUUUUACAACCCUUUCGCUAAUCCUUAUGCAGCUUGUUAA